CUCUCGCCGCCCCCCCCUUCCUUUUUCCUUCUGGUUCUGAACGUGAAACCCUGUUGGAAACAGGUCUCUUGACCCUCGCCCUUGACAUUCAAAUGGCUGAAUGGAGGCGAGAUUGCUGCUCGCGCGCCUUGGGGGCUGCCGCCGUGCCCCCUCCUCUCCCCCUCUUCCUUUCAAAUGAGUAAUCCCUGACGAUCUCAACCCCCCAAUUUCAUCCCCCGCGCCCCCCCUUUAUUUUUCUCGCGUCCUCUCCGCUCUCCCGCCCGCUCCCGCCGCCGCGCUCCCCCCUCCUUUUUGUAUUUGCAUCUCAAGUCCAAAAGGCAGAAAAUACGCACGCGGCGAAGACGCGGGGCGGCCGGCCCGUCCUUGCUCGUCAGUUACCUCGCUGCGGAUCUGCCAGGGCCGAGGAGGCCGGAAUGGCCCGGGCGCCGGCCGGAGACGGAGCCUUUUGAUCAUCUUGGGGGAAGAGAAAAAAAAAAAAAGGACUGAAUUUUUUUUUUUUUCCGUCGCUCUUGGGAUCGCUCUUCUGCCUUUAUUUUAUUGUUUUGGACAUUUUUGAGCGCCGUGGCUUGGACAGUGCUUUUUGUUUCCUUGCUGGGUUUCAAUCUAUUUUUUUCCUUCUUCGUCCCUCUCUGGCCACUAUGGAAUUCUAACCUGAACCAUGUUUGGAUUGAAGCCGCCUCUGUAUUACUUACCAGGCAUGAGCCAUGAGCCCAAGUCCCCUUCACUAGGGAUGCUUUCCACCGCGACCAGGACCACCGCCACCGUCAACCCCCUCACCCCCUCGCCGCUCAAUGGCGCCCUGGUGCCCAGCGGCAGCCCCGCCACCAGCAGCGCGCUGUCCGCGCAGGCCGCGCCGUCCUCCAGCUUUGCCGCCGCGCUGCGCAAGCUCGCCAAACAGGCGGAGGAGCCCAGAGGGUCUUCACUGAGCAGCGAGUCGUCCCCUGUGUCCUCUCCCGCCACCAACCACAGCUCUCCCGCCAGCACGCCCAAGCGCGUGCCCAUGGGCCCCAUCAUCGUCCCCCCUGGGGGCCACAGUGUCCCCAGCACGCCCCCCGUGGUGACCAUUGCCCCAACCAAGACCGUCAAUGGCGUCUGGAGGAGCGAGAGCCGGCAGGACGCCGGCUCUCGGGGCGGCAGCAGCGGCCGGGAGCGCCUGAUCGUGGAGCCCCCGCUGCCGCAGGAGAAGGCAGGGGGCCCGGCCAUCCCCUCCCACCUGCUCAGCACCCCCUACCCCUUCGGCCUCUCACCUGGCUCGGUCGUGCAGGACUCUCGCUUCCCGCCACUCAACCUCCAGCGGCCCGUGCACCACGUGGUGCCCCCCAGCACGGUGACCGAGGACUACCUGAGAAGCUUCCGGCCCUACCACACCACCGAGGACCUCCGCAUGUCCUCCCUGCCUCCCCUGGGCCUGGACCCCGCCACGGCCGCCGCCUACUACCACCCCAGCUACCUGGCCCCGCACCCCUUCCCCCACCCGGCCUUCAGGAUGGACGACUCCUAUUGCCUCUCUGCCCUGCGGUCCCCGUUCUACCCCAUCCCCACCCCCGGCUCCCUGCCCCCGCUGCACCCGUCGGCGAUGCACCUCCACCUCUCUGGGGUCCGCUACCCGCCCGAGCUGUCCCACUCGUCCCUGGCAGCGCUGCACUCGGAGCGGAUGUCCAGCCUCAGCGCGGAGAGGCUGCAGAUGGACGAGGAGCUGCGGCGGGAGCGCGAGCGGGAGCGGGAGCGGGAGGCUGACCGAGAGCGGGAGAAGGAGCGUGAGCGGGAACGAGAGAAGGAGCGUGAGAGGGAGAAGGAGCUGGAACGCGAGCGGGAGAAAGAACGCGAGCGGGAGCUGGAGCGCCAGCGGGAGCAGCGGGCGCGGGAGAAGGAGCUGCUGGCUGCCAAGGCGCUGGAGCCCGCCUUCCUGCCCGUGGCCGAGCUGCACGGGCUGCGGGGCCACACUGCCGAGGAGCGGGGCAAGCCCUCGGAGCAGCUGACCCCAACGCGAGCAGAGAAGCUGAAGGACACGGGCCUCCAGGCGCCCAAGCCCGUGCAGCACCCCCUGCAUCCGGUGCCUGCCCCGCACCAUGCCGUGCCCGGCCUCAUCUCCAACCACGGCAUCUUCUCUCUGCCGGGCAGCAGUGCCGCCACGGCCCUGCUGAUCCAGCGCACCAACGAGGAGGAGAAGUGGCUGGCGCGGCAGCGACGGCUGCGGCAGGAGAAGGAGGACCGGCAGUCUCAGGUGUCAGAGUUCCGGCAGCAGGUGCUGGAGCAGCACCUGGACAUGAGCCGGCCCCCGGCGCCAGCAGAGGUGGAGCACAGGCUGGAGAGUGCCAGGCCGGGACCAAACCGUCACGAGCCUGGCGGCCGAGACCCCCCGCAGCACUUCGGUGGGCCACCGCCUCUGAUCUCGCCCAAGCCCCAGCAUCACACCGUGCCCACAGCCCUCUGGAACCCAGUAUCCCUGAUGGACAGUGCCCUGGAGACACGGCGGGCCGAGGGCCACCCCCUGCACAGCCACCCGGCUGCCUUCGAGCCCAGCCGCCAGGCGGCGGUGCCGCUGGUGAAGGUGGAGCGGGUCUACUGCCCCGAGAAGGCAGAGGAGGGGCCACGGAAGCGUGAGGCCACGCCCCUGGACAAGUACCAGCCACCGCCCCCAAGGGAGGCGGGGAGCCUGGAGCACCAGGCCUUCCCCCCUGGGCCUGGGCCCUUCCUCGCUGAGCUCGAAAAGUCCACCCAGACCAGCCUAGGCCAGCAGCGGGCCUCCCUCCCCCAGGCGGCCCCCCUUGGGGAGCUCAGUGGGCCCCUGAAGCCUGGCUCGCCCUACCGGCCCCCGGCACCCCGGGGCCCUGACCCCGCCUACAUCUACGACGAGUUCCUGCAGCAGCGCCGGCGGCUGGUCAGCAAGCUGGACCUGGAGGAGCGCAGGCGGCGAGAGGCCCAGGAGAAAGGGUACUACUACGACCUGGACGACUCCUACGACGAGAGUGACGAGGAGGAGGUCAGGGCCCACCUGCGCUGCGUGGCUGAGCAGCCGCCCCUCAAACUGGACACGUCCUCCGAGAAGCUAGAGUUUUUGCAACUUUUUGGCUUGACCACCCAACAGCAGAAGGAGGAAUUGGUGGCCCAGAAGCGGAGGAAGCGGCGGCGGAUGCUGAGAGAGCGAAGCCCGUCGCCUCCGGCGAUUCAGAGCAAGCGGCAGACACCUUCGCCAAGACUGGCGCUGUCCACCCGCUACAGCCCCGACGAGAUGAACAACAGCCCGAACUUCGAAGAGAAGAAGAAGUUCCUGACCAUCUUCAACCUUACCCACAUCAGCGCCGAGAAGAGGAAAGACAAAGAGAGACUUGUUGAAAUGCUCCGUGCCAUGAAGCAGAAGGCACUGUCCGCAGCAAUGGCAGACUCCUUGACAAACUCUCCGAGGGACAGUCCUGCCGUCUCCCUGAGUGAACCAGCCACGCAGCAAGCUUCUCUGGACAUGGAUAAGCCUGUCGCUGUUGCCACUUCCUUGUCUGAUGUCCCAAAGGCUGUGGAGCCUGGGAAACUUGAACAGUUCCGGCCCCAGGAGCUCUCGAGAGUCCAGGAGCCAGCUCCUGCCAGUGGUGAGAAGGCCAGGCUGAGCGAGGCCCCCGGGGGCAAGAAGAGCCUGAGCAUGCUUCAUUACAUCCGGGGCACUGCGCCCAAGGACAUUCCUGUGCCGUUGUCUCACAGCUUCAAUGGGAAGAGCAAGCCGUGGGAGCCCUUCAUGGCGGAAGAGUUUGCACACCAGUUCCACGAGUCAGUGCUGCAGUCCACGCAGAAGGCCCUGCAGAAGCAUAAAGGGAGUGUAGCCAUGCUGUCCGCAGAGCAGAACCACAAGGUCGACACGUCCGUCCACUACAACAUUCCCGAGCUGCAGUCCUCCAGCUGCGUCCCUCCACCCCAGCAUAAUGGGCAACAGGAGCCCCCCACAACAAGGAAGGGGCCCCCCUCCCAGGAGAUGGACCGGGACUCAGAAGAGGAUGAGGAGGAGGAUGAUGAUGGAGAAGAUGAGGAAGAAGCCCCCAGGCACAAGUGGCAAGGGAUUGAGGCAAUUUUUGAAGCCUACCAGGAACACAUAGAAGAGCAAAAUCUGGAGCGGCAGGUGUUACAGACGCAGUGCAGACGGCUGGAGGCCCGGCACUACAGCCUCAGCCUGACUGCGGAGCAGCUGUCCCACAGUGUGGCGGAGUUGAGGAGCCAGAAACAGAAGAUUGUCUCAGAAAGGGAACGGCUCCAGGCAGAACUGGACCACUUACGGAAGUGCCUUGCCUUGCCUGCAAUGCAUUGGCCUAGGGGCUACUUUAAGGGAUAUCCCAGGUGACGGUUUCCCUUGCACUAGGCUGAACCUAUAGUAUAGAAAUAUUAUCUAUUUUAUUACCUUGAAUAUUUAAUAUUUUUCACUGGGAGGUUUGAAGCUUAAAAAAUAAGAAUGUGCCAUGCAUGAAGCAAAGGAUUCCAGGCUCCAGAAAAAAAGAACGGACUCACCUUGACUUCAAUGCAGCUGAAUCACCUUUGUCGGUCAGCGAGCAACCAACCAACGUGGGACGCCCAUUGCUUUUCUUUUUAAAGGUGGUUUUCUCCUUCUUCCCCCACGUCACUAUUUUUUAAUCUGAAAACGAAAGCUCCAUUACCAACACUAAAACCUUAUCCUCUAUAGCCCCCAUAUGAUUGGAUCGAACCCGUUAUUUUCUGUUUCUUUUGUGUUGCCAUGUUGUUAUGCCUCAAGAACGGAGUUUGCUUUCUGCUGCAGUGACGAGGUGGGUCUCACUCCUCCCCAGGAGUGAGACUUGCUUCGGCUGAAAAGGUUGGGUGCAUUGUAAAUAAAAAGGGCUUAUUUGUUUGUUACUUUCCUGCAAAAUAUUCUUCCAAGCAACAGGUCCUAGGAGCACACAAAGCAACAACCCAAAGGCUUUUCUCUAGAAAAGCUCUUCCCUAAAGAUAAAACAAUUCCACAAACUAGAGGUACCUUUUUAUUACUCCGUGGGGGAGAAUGUACAGAGCUCUGUGUAUACAUAUAUUCACUCCCACCAAAUUGUUACUGCGGUGGGGAGUGUUUUCAUACAAACGUAAAUUUUGAGAGAAAAGUCAAAGGUGCUUCAGCCUUGUACUGUGUAUAUAUAUUAAAAAAAAGUUUUGUAUGUUUUUAUUACUUUAAUUAUUGUUAUAAAAAGCCUGCCAUUUUUAAUAUGUGGUUUGGGGGAUUUUUUGUUCGUUUGUUUUUCCUGUUUGGGGGUUUUGUUUGUUCUGUUUUUGUUUUUCUGGGCAAAAAAAAACUUGCUUUUAGUGUUUGUACUGCUGCUGGUCAGGACAUUAAAAUAUUGAAGUGUUUUUAAAAAUUAAAGAAGAAGAAAAGUAAAAGAGCUUACCACUGGCGCCUAUGCGAUCACUUCAUUUUUAAUUUCAGUUGCACCAGAAACUGACGUAGAAAGCCAUGCGUUAUUGCUUACCUCCCCCUUCGCCCCCACGUCUGGACACACUGAUGGCAGAUACAGCCCCCUGCUACUGAGUGAGGAGGGGACAGUCUGUGACGGGAACAGAGUAGAACCUGUGUGUGGCAAUCACGUGAACACAUGGGUGUGGGGCUUUAAAAAUAAAAACCUUUCAGAAAAUAAACAUUUCUGUGCUAGAAUUCUGAGAUGCCCGAGAGCAGGAGCAGAGUAGGAACGUUAGAGGCUUUAUAUAGAUGCGAAGCUUUGUAAAAGCCUAAAGUAGGGUAAACAAUGUCUGAGCUGAACCCCUCCUUUUCAACUUACUGUGACAAGCACAGGAAUGGCGAGGAACUGGGCUCAUGACACCAAGGUGCAGCAGUGGGCAAGUCUUUCCUCCCAGUCUCUGCUGUUGCUUGUGCAGGCGGUUUACAUCCAGAAGGCAUCUGUCGCCCAAAUGGGCCCUCACCAGAGGCCAAGGCCGCCCAUCGCCACUCAGUGGUCUGGUGGGGGGGAGCGGAGGCCUGGGCCCCAGGCAGGCAGAGGCCCUGGUGUGCCGGCUGCGCACUGCUGUGACCAGUGGCCGAGCCCUUAGCCCCAGCCUUUGCUGUGCAGAACAGCUUGCUGGCAGCUGGCAUCGUGUUGCUUUAUCCGCCCCUGCACAGUUUGCUUUGUACAUCUGCCAAGAAUCUUCCAGUUAUUAGCAAACUCAGACAAAUGUGCCGCCAGUAUUAUCAGCAGUCAACAAGCACCUUGCUCUCCACCGAGGCGACUGGAAGAGCACUCGGGGCUGGGCUGCGGUCCUCCUCCCCUCAAAGACACCGGGCGGUCAACACGUUCCACAGUGUGCAGAGGGAGCUACGCUGCCAACCCUCAGGCAAAACCUUAAUCUCUCUACUUACACUCUGCCUGCAGUUUCUGGUCUGAAAGCCUGAGAGUCACAUCUUAGCACUUCACUCCCAGGCCGUCUCCUACAUCACAGAAGAUGUCUGAAUGCUUUUGCUAAUGAGCUUUGGUAACGGCCUUGGCUAAGGAAAAGGAAAAAGUAGAUCUCAUAACAUAAUGGAAAGGAAAAGCAAAGCGCAGCCCAUCCCUUGCCAUCCGAGGGAGCUCCCUUGGUUGGAUUUCUUGGUAUGGGGAGAGUUCACGGCCCAUGGGACAAACGACUUGCUGUUACAGAGGCCUCCCGGGUGGGAGCUGUGUCGCUCAGCUAGCAAUAACUGCUUUCUUCCCUUCUGGGUGGAAAUCCCACCUUUCCCCUGCCCUUGAGCUUCUCGACCACUCUGCCUCACCAUUCCCCCACCUACCUGUGGACAUCUCUGAACAUUCAUAUGCUCAAGAAAUGACAAUCAGAACACAAUACAAACCAGUAAGGCAGCACCAAUAAACUAAGACAAAGAAAAGGUCUCUUGAAAACAAAAGUACACCACUAAGAUGUAGUAUCCAACAGUGGUUUUCCCAUCCAACACUUAGUUUUAUAUAACCUGAAAACACGUAUUUUCCUGUAAUUCUCAAAAGGACACAAUCACAUCUAAGUCUGUUUUCAGUUGGGCUUCACAAAAAUUUGACAUAUACACGAUCUCUGAAGCUUUUUGUUCAGCUCUUUUCACCGCUGCGUUUUAAAGAAAGUUAAGUACAUCAAACGUGUCCUAGAGUCAAGUCUGCAUCCCGUGUGUCAGUAUGUGCGUGACGCCCUCAGUCUUUCUCAACUAGGAGUCUUCCUAUGUUACCUGGAAGGGACAGCUGCCAUCUGUCCUCUGCAGAGGAAUUCACUAUACUUUUGAGGGAUACCUGCCAACACUAAAUCUGGUUCCACAUUUAAUCACAUCUUUGAAACAAGAUUUGUUUGAUACAAUCAGAGCCAAAGUGACAUGAUAAAAUAUCAUGCUCCUAAAUCCAUUGUCUCAGAUAAGUGACCAAGGCAGGAUUUAACAUUUUAGUCUAUAUCUUAAAGGGAUAAAACACUUAAUUGGCAUUAACAUUCUAAAAGAUUGUACCCUUACGGACAUUCAGAGUAUUAAAAGGAGCUGACACCUUCAGCAGCAAAGAAUUAUAACACAGGAAAUCUUAAACUUGUAGCAGAAUGGUAUUUUCCUUGAGUAGCUCAUGAUACUGCCAAAUCUCAAAACUUAAGCUGAAUUUCAAACCCUUUUCCCUCUGAGCUGUGUAUUUAAUUAAAGCGUAGAAAAUUCCAGGGAUUCGCCACAAGAUGGAGAUGGUCAGCACAAACCUAUUCUGUUACUCUUUGAAGUGUAUAUUAGCCACUUAGCAUUCUCUAUACUCUUUCAAGUAACCAACCUGUUGACUUUCUUACUACUUGCAGUAGCCUGUCCCCAACUUUUUGAUCCAGUGCUUAACUUAAAAAAAAUUCCUUAACUCUGCCUUGACCUGAGGAAGACCACGCUAAUUGGUUGUGUUACUUUGUAUGUACCCUGUGCUUAUCGCUAGAACAGUAAACCCACACACGGGUGGGAAGGAGGAACACCGAUGCCUCGGUCACUCUGGGGGCAGUUUAGAUGCUGUGAAAUUAAACCUGUUCUAAGUGUACUUGUUUGAAUUAAUUGUAUUGUAUUAUUAUUUGUUGAAUGUAGUAAUUAGGUAUUUAUGAAUAUAUUGCUGUAAUUUCUGACAACAUCCAAAAAAUAAAAUCUUCCUAAAUCA